GGUGUGAAACAUCAACAAUCCAACAAUCUCAAACGGCACAGAUGCGUCAUCUUACUGUGAAGCAGGUGGCCGAAGUCAUCUCGGGCUGUAAUUGGCGCAGACAACGUGGUCACAUGACGAAAUUCAACAGGCUGAAAACAAAUGAGGACCAACGUGUCAAGCAGUAUCAAUAGACUAGCUAAUACCGGAAACUGUUUUACUUGUUUGGCAAAAUGUAAUACACGAGGUUGUUUCCACUCAUUUCCGGCAUAACACACUUUCUUCCUUUCGCUCACAUUCUUUACCUCGCCCACCCCCCUUUAACAAGGAAAAUAGGGAAUGCGUUUCAAUUCAGUGACCUUUACACUGAAAGUAAAAAACGGAAGUUGUUUGUAAUGGAUACUGUAGCUUAACUGUUUUGCGUCACAUGAUGCUCUACGCUAAAGUCCGACGAGGAAAUCUGCCUGAACUGACAACUUGUCAACUUUAGCGGCCAACGUGAUGGAAACUGAGAUUUUAUAGCCCUUGUGGAGGGUACUGUUUUUUUAAAUGCUUUUUAUUAAUAUUUAUAUUUUUAAUUUAAGUUAUUUUGCCGCAACGGAAAACACUUCUAGCUGAGCUAUGCAGCCAGGGAGGUUAAUGUUUUGUCGUAUUUAUCACACGGCACUGAUAAAUGCUUGAAUAACUCUUGGAGAGAGCUGUACAGGCACUUGUGCAGUCAAUCGUUGGGGGCUGUUGUGGAGAGUCGAAGAACGCGGUGUAUGAAGAAAAGAAGAAGCUCUCACGAUGUCGGAACGGACACCGCUGCUCCACUACAGGCUCUCCGCCAGCGUCAGUGAGCCCGAGCUGCGCUCACCGUCGGCGGGUCGGUCACCGGAGCAGCAGCCGCGGAGACCCAGCUCCAGGAGGCAGAGGUCAGGACUUCUGCAUCUGCAGCAGCAGCAGCAGCAGACUCAAAAACUGUCCACCUUCUUUGGUGUGGUCAUCCCCACGCUGCUGUCCAUGUUCAGUGUGGUGGUCUUCCUACGAAUAGGGUUCGUGGUGGGCCAGUCUGGACUGUACCAAGCCAUCGCCAUGUUCCUGGUCGCCUACUUUAUCAUCUGUAUGACCGUGCUCUCUGUGUGUGCCAUCUCCACCAAUGGAGCCCUGGAUGCUGGCGGAGCGUACUACAUGAUCAGUCGAGCACUGGGUCCAGAGUUUGGCGGCAGUAUCGGGAUCAUGUUCUUCCUCGCUAACGUGUGCGGCAGCGCCCUCUAUGUGCUGGGUCUGGUUGAGGCUGUUGUGGGUACCUUUGGGUUACCUGAGGAUGGAAUUGCAAUCACCUCUCCCUACCAGGUCUUGCCGUCAGGAUACUGGUGGUCUCUGCUUUACGCCACAGCCAUCGCUCUGCUCUGCCUCCUGGUGUGUCUGGUGGGAGCGCACAUCUAUGCCAAGGCCACCUUCGUCAUCUUCCUGGUGGUCAUGUUCGUCCUGGGCACGAUCUUCAUCAGUUUCUUCGCAGUAGGGCCUCGCACCAUCAACCUGCCCAGUUCUGCCACUGUCAACCCAGGGAUAAACAGUACCGGUCCCACAGUUCCCACCUUAGCCAACUUCACUGGCUUCAAACUGGACACGCUGCUGGGAAACCUGAGGGCUGACUACACAGUGGAUUACACUACAGGGACCAUGAUGACCUUUGCCACAGUAUUUGCUGUGAUGUUUAAUGGCUGCACUGGUAUCAUGGCUGGUUCUAACAUGUCAGGGGACCUGAAAAAUCCCAGUUAUUCCAUCCCUCGCGGCACCAUCACUGCUGUCAUCUUCACAUUCAUCAUCUACAACCUCCUCAGUCUGCUGGUGGCCUGCUCCUGUGAUCGUGUCCUGCUUCAGAGGGACUACAGUUUCCUGAGGGACAUAAAUGUCUGGAGACCCUUUGUCACCAUCGGGGUCUAUUCAUCCACCCUCUCUGCUGCCAUGAGCAACCUCAUUGGAGCCUCGCGCAUCCUGUACGCCCUGGCCAGAGACGACCUGUUUGGAAAGGUUCUGUUUCCAGCGAAGAAGACGUCCCAGAGUGGUAACCCUUGGGUCUCUGUGCUCAUCUCCUGGUUCCUCGUGCAGCUGGUGCUGUUCUCUGGAAAACUCAACACCAUCGCCAGCAUUGUGACCAUUUUCUUCCUCUUGGUGUAUGCUGCUGUGGAUCUGGCCUGUCUGGCUCUAGAGUGGGCCUCAGCUCCAAACUUCAGGCCCACCUUCCGUUACUUCACCUGGCACACCUGCGUGCUCGGCAUUGUGGGAUGUGUUGUCAUGAUGUUCCUCAUCAACGCCAUCUAUGCCUCGGCCAGUAUUGCCUUCAUGCUGCUACUGCUGCUGCUGAUCCACUACCUCAGUCCCACAUCCAGCUGGGGCUACAUCAGCCAGGCCCUUAUUUUCCACCAGGUGCGAAAGUACCUGCUGAUGCUGGAUGUGAGGAAAGACCAUGUGAAGUUCUUGAGGCCUCAGAUCCUGCUGAUGGUUUCAAACCCCCGCAGCAGCGUCGGCCUCAUCACCUUCAUCAACGACAUCAAAAAGAGCGGCCUUUACGUGCUCGGACACGUCCAGCUGGGAGAUCUCAACACCCUGCCGUCAGAUCCGCUGCAGUCCCAGUACGACUCCUGGUUGUCUCUGGUCGACCACCUCAACAUCAAAGCUUUCGUCAACCUGACUUUAGCUGAUUCUGUACGUCAUGGAGUCCAGCACUUGCUCUUCAUCUCUGGACUCGGUGGGAUGCGUCCAAACACCUUGGUCCUGGGAUUCUACGAUGACUGUCUUCCACAGGACACACUGGUGGAUCCCACUCUCUCCACCAGUCAGAUGUCUGAUUCCUCAGGCCUUUGUCCAGAGCUGGAGCAUCAACCUCCUCUCUUCCACUUUCCCUCCGCACGGGCGUCCAGCGACAGACAGGAUCAUGGGGAGUUGGGUGAUGGGAAGGUUCUGGGCCCGCAGGAGUUCGUGGCCAUUAUCGCCGAUGCGAUGAAGAUGCUAAAGAAUGUGGUGCUAGCCCGCUACUUCAACACCUUCGACCGAGCGAAGGUGUUGUCUCCGUCUGCCUCCUCUUCAUUUAAGGGUGCUGUGUAUGUCGACGUUUGGCCGGUGAACCUCCUGCGUCCCGACAGCUGCAGUUACGUGGACACCUGCUCUCUGUUCCUGCUUCAGCUGGCCUGUAUCCUGAACAUGGUGAGAGCUUGGCGAAAAGCUACGCUGCGUAUCUUCCUGUGUGUGGAGGACGGACGAAGUGUCAAAGGCUCAGAGGAGAAGCUGGAUCAACUGCUGAAGGAGCUGAGAAUUAAAGCUCAGAUCUACCCCGUGUCCUGGGACCAGCAGGUGGCGCUGCACUGGCAGCGUCAAGGCAAGUGGGGCAAGAAGCAGCAGUUGCAAUCCACCGAGACGAAUAGUGAAGAGAAAAGGGCGAAAACAGACGAGGAGGACGAGAUCGAGGAUUACGUCAACAGCUUUCCCAGCAACACCACGCGGCUGUCCGACGAGUACUUGUCCGCCGUGAAUAAACUGAUCCUGGACCAGGCCGGGCCACCUCCUGCCGUGCGUUUCCUGUACUUGCCCCGCCCACCUGCGGACACACGGCGCUACUCGGUGUAUUUACACCAGCUGGAUCUGCUGACUAAGGACCUGGGCCCCACGCUGCUCAUCCACGGAGUCACACCCGUUAUAACCACUGAUCUGUGAUACGUCCCUGUCCUGAGGCGUUUGUCAAAGUGUCAUAUCAACAACACACACAAGGUGGCCUGCAAACAUGGAGAUGAAGCUUCACAUUCCGUUCACUGCCUAUAAUCACAAUUACUGCCAAGUGGAAACACACACGGACUUGAAGAAAACACAUUUUACGGUACUCAACAAAUUCUUGGACUCCAUGCAGACCCAGAAAAAGAAGGAAAAGAAAAUUUUUAUUUACCACUCCAGGAAUAUCAGCUUCUCUCAGGUCUGAGAAAUGUUGUAGAAGUAAUCACCAAAAAUACUUGAGUACGUAUGUAACCGGUACAUCUGAUGUAAGUGGUUAUUUUCAUUUCCUUCUAAAAACAAGCCAAUCCCAGUCUAGUGUAUUUUAGACCGUAUUCUGGACUUGAACACAACAUGAAGAGCAGAAAAUAGACAGGCUGAGGACAAGCAUGACAAGGUAGAUUUAUUUUAUACAGAAUGUUGUCGUUGGUCUUUUUUUUUAGGCUGUUGCUAGGGAUGUCCGAUAUUAACUUUUUGCCGAUAUCCGAUAUAGCAAUAUUUUCCAAACACUUAAUUUCCGAGUCCAACAUCAACCGAUACCGAUAAAUGCAGCCAUUUUGGUUAAAGGCAGAGGACACGUGUCAUCGUAGGUAUUGCGUUAUCGGGUCUUCAUUAUCGAAGGAAAAAGCGAUAUUGAUUCUUACCGAUAUUUCAUAAUUGUUCUAAGCCGAUAUUAUGGGAAAACUCUGUUUGUGGCAAAUUUCAAACCUUAUUUUAUUCCAAACUCCAGCAGAUAUAGUUGUCCCAAAAAUCAGUGUUUCAUUCUUACUGGAAUCAAACGAUCAAAGCCACACCUGAGUUGCUGUAAGAACUUCUGACGUAUGAGUUUUUAUUUAACAUUUUAGCACAGUACGUGGGCAAAUACACGUUUUAAAAAAACAUGAAUAACUGAUUGAGUUCUCCUGAGUGCAGGCGUGAUGUGUGAGUGAGGGCGAAGCACAAUGGCAGGAUGAAGGACACUUCAUACAGUAGGUUUUAAUCAUGCAUUAACCCAAUCAUCACACACUUUAACACACACUGUUCGAGGUCCUAACAUUUUUGAUAUUCCUGUUUCAGGAGUGUAAUUUACUAAGUUCCGUGGCUCCGCCCUGUUCUUUCAUACUUUAUAAAACUUCUCAAGGUGAGAAAAUGAGAUCGUUCUACCCUCAUCUAAUCUACUGUUCUGACCAAAGUGAAAGAGAAACUUGACAUUGAGGUCAUGUGCGUAUUUGGCACAUUAAUGAUGACUGGACAUUUGAGUCCAGUGUCCACUGACCUGGAAAUGACCAAAGCUUGUCAUUGAUGUUCUGACCACACCCUGUAGGGGUCUCCACAGCAGGUCGUCUGCCUCCAUCUCCCCCCAUCUCCUGCCUCACUACAUCCACAGGCAACAUCAUCUUCAUCUUCUCUUGCCUGGCAACUCCAUCUCCAAUAUCUUUGGUCCAGUAUUUUCAAUAUCUCUCCUCAGUUAAUGACCAAUGUCAACCUCACCUCCUCUGGUUCUGUCCAUCCUGGUCACUCUCAGCAACGUUCUUACCUUCCUCCUCCCCCUCCUCCUCCUCCUCCUCCUCCUGUUUCCGUUCCUUCAUUCCUUCCUGUAACUGUAGGUUCUAACUCCAGCCGUUUCCUCCUCUGCCGUCUUUCUGUGUUUUGUGUGUUCCUCACAUCGAUCAUUCCGUUUUCAUUGCCUUCACAUCCAAAAGUGCCUCUGCUCAGACAGAGCAGCGGGAUCUUUGACAGCUUCACACCGUGGAACAGUCUGUCGCAGUGAACUCUGCCAUCCCGUUUCAAAAGCCUGGAACAAAGGAACCUGUCGAACAAGUUUUACAGAAACAUUUUAUUCCAUGUAUAUAUAUGAAGGAAAAAAAAACAUGUAAUGUUUUAUUUGAAGAAGUUUUUUCUUUUUAAUUUUUUUAAAAAAAGUGCACUUUUUAAAUUCCUCUGCCAAACAGUAGGUGGUGCAGCUUUUCAGAAACAUCUUUAAUCAUGUUUACAGCACCAGUGUUGACUGUGAUUAUACACAAUGUUUCAUAGUGAUGUCUAAAUGUGAUUACAGGUACUUUUUAAUUGUAUUAAUCAUUGUUAUUAAUGACCAAACUGACAAGACUAAAAACAGAAGCGUGGGUUUUAUAAUCUAUUACACUCCAUGCGAUCUUUUUCUAUGGUACUUCCAUCACUCAAUGUGACACUUGCGGUGUAGUUUUUUUUUAAUGGUACCAACACACAGUCUGUGUUGGCCCCCCCCCC